ACACGUACAUGCGCAGGGUCCAGCUGCACACCGGGAGCAUCCCUGCGCAGAGAGAGCGCUCUCCUUGCUCUCGCAGUCUAGAGCGAUCGCUUCGUUUGUUAUGUUUUUUUUUCUUCACAUUUUGUCAUCACACAGAAUCUCACUGACGACGCAGAAUGAUGCGGGGCCCCGCCGAGCUCUGUGCAUGCUGAGGCCCGCACACAUCCACCUUGCACCGGCAUAAAGACCCUCACUGACCGCACUGAUAUUUUUUACUGGCAGUCAGACCAAGACGGAAUGUCAAGCAGCCCUGAAGGAAGUCGCUCCGGGGGCGGCGGCUGCGCCUCCGACGGAGACUCCAAACGGGCCUCCUCGAGCAACACGUCCCCGGAGGGUGGACCUCCACCGCCGCUGCACCAGAACCGCAUACGGCAGUCUGACAGUAACACCAGUUUUCUCCGGGCUGCCCGAGCCGGAAACACUGACAAAGUCCUUGAAUUCCUCAAAAAUGGAGUAGACAUCUGCACCUGCAACCAGAAUGGUCUCAAUGCAUUACACCUGGCAGCUAAGGAAGGACACAAAGAUUUAGUAGAAGAACUGCUGCAAAGAGGAGCCUCCGUUGACUCAUCUACCAAGAAAGGAAACACCGCCCUCCAUAUCGCCUCAUUGGCGGGGCAAAAAGAAGUAGUGAGGCUGCUGGUGAACAGAGGGGCAGAUAUCAAUGCUCAGUCACAGAAUGGCUUCACUCCUCUCUACAUGGCGGCCCAGGAAAAUCAUUUGGAGGUGGUGCGGUACUUGCUGGAAAAUGAAGGAAACCAAAGCAUUGCAACAGAAGAUGGCUUUACCCCACUUGCGAUCGCCCUCCAACAGGGUCACAACUCGGUGGUCUCGCUGCUUUUGGAGCAUGACACCAAGGGUAAGGUCCGCCUACCUGCCCUGCACAUAGCGGCCCGCAAAGAUGACACCAAGUCUGCUGCCCUCCUGCUUCAGAAUGACCACAACGCUGAUGUGCAAUCGAAGAUGAUGGUCAAUAGAACCACAGAGAAUGGGAAGAGUGGUUUCACUCCCCUGCACAUCGCUGCUCACUACGGUAAUGUGAACGUCGCCACUCUGCUGCUGAACAGAGGAGCUGCCGUUGACUUCACAGCACGGAAUGAGAUUACGCCUCUUCAUGUGGCCUCCAAGAGAGGAAACACCAACAUGGUGGCUUUGCUGUUGGAUCGAGGGUCUCAAAUAGAUGCUAAGACAAGGGAUGGUCUGACGCCUCUACACUGUGCUGCCAGGAGUGGACAUGACACGGCCCUGGAGCUUCUGCUGGAAAGAGAAGCACCCAUUUUAGCUAGAACCAAGAACGGAUUGUCCCCGCUGCACAUGUCAGCUCAGGGAGACCACAUAGAGUGUGUGAAACUGUUGCUGCAACACAAGGCGCCUGUUGACGACGUUACACUCGAUUACCUCACGGCGCUGCAUGUUGCUGCUCACUGUGGCCACUACAGAGUCACCAAGCUCCUCUUAGACAAGAAAGCCAACCCAAACGCCAGAGCGCUGAAUGGAUUUACUCCUCUCCAUAUUGCUUGCAAGAAAAAUCGAGUGAAAGUGAUGGAGCUCCUUAUUAAAUAUGGUGCUUCCAUCCAGGCCAUUACUGAGUCUGGAUUGACACCCAUUCAUGUAGCAGCUUUCAUGGGUCACCUCAACAUUGUUCUGCUCCUGCUGCAGAACGGAGCCUCUCCUGAUGUCCGCAACAUUCGUGGUGAGACAGCGCUCCACAUGGCAGCACGAGCAGGUCAGAUGGAAGUGGUUCGCUGCUUGUUGAGAAAUGGAGCCCUGGUGGAUGCUAUGGCCAGGGAGGACCAAACACCCCUCCACAUUGCCUCUCGUUUGGGUGAAACCGAUAUUGUCCAACUGCUCCUGCAGCACAUGGCCCACCCGGACGCUGCCACCACCAACGGCUACACCCCUCUUCACAUUUCAGCCAGAGAGGGUCAGGUAGAGACAGCGGCUGUGCUGCUGGAGGCAGGAGCCUCGCACUCGCUGGCCACCAAGAAAGGAUUCACUCCCUUACAUGUAGCAGCCAAAUAUGGAAGCCUUGAUGUAACUAACCUUCUCCUUCAACGGAAAGCACUUCCAGAUGAUGCUGGGAAGAACGGCCUGACUCCAUUACAUGUAGCAGCUCAUUAUGACAACCAGGAGGUGGCUCUGCUGCUGCUGGAUAAAGGGGCAUCACCGCAUGCCACUGCAAAGAACGGCUACACUCCACUUCACAUUGCAGCUAAAAAGAACCAGACCAACAUUGCUUUAGCAUUGCUGCAGUACGGAGCAGAGACCAACGUUUUGACCAAGCAGGGAGUCAGUCCCCUGCACCUGGCAGCCCAGGAAGGACAUGCUGAGAUGGUCAGCCUGCUGCUACGCAAAGGAGCUCACGUCAAUACAGCAACCAAGAGUGGACUCACUCCUUUGCAUCUCACAGCCCAGGAGGACAGAGUGAAUGCAGCGGAGGUUCUGGCCAAACAUGAUGCGAACCUGGACCAGCAAACUAAACUUGGAUACACUCCUCUGAUAGUAGCAUGUCAUUAUGGAAAUGUCAAAAUGGUUAACUUCCUGCUACAGCAAGGUGCCAGUGUCAAUGCCAAAACCAAGAAUGGUUACACACCACUUCACCAGGCAGCACAGCAAGGGAACACACACAUAAUUAAUGUUUUGCUGCAACAUGGGGCCAAACCCAACACAACCACAGUAAAUGGGAACACUGCUCUGUCCAUUGCCAAACGCCUGGGUUACAUAUCUGUGGUUGACACGCUGAAAGUUGUUACAGAAGAGAUCAUCACCACCACAACUACGGUGACAGAGAAACAUAAACUCAACGUUCCAGAGACCAUGACAGAGAUUCUAGAUGUAUCAGAUGAGGAAGUUUUGAAGGUGGAAGAUGAAGCAUUUUCUGAGAUGACAGUGGCACUGGAAGGUGAGGACACAAUGACGGGGGAUGGUGGGGAGUACCUGAGAGCAGAGGACAUAUGGAAACUGCAGGACGACUCUCUGCCAGAACAUUAUCUGGACAGCUUCAGCUAUAUGAGCCACAACUUCGACAGAUCCCAGCACACUCCUAUUCACCAAAGCUUUCAUCAGAGGGAGGACGUUCUCUUCGAAGACAUACUGACGAGCCACCAGGUAUCAACAUUGUCUAGAGAGAACGACAAGGAAACUUUCCGACUGAGCUGGGGUGCUGAACAUCUCGAUAAUGUCAUGUUGUCUUCCAGUCUGCUGCACUCAGGCCGUUCCUCUCCAUGCCUAGACCAUGACAACAGCAGCUUCCUGGUUAGCUUCAUGGUAGAUGCCAGAGGCGGAGCUAUGCGUGGUUGUCGUCAUAAUGGCCUACGGAUCAUUGUGCCACCAAGGAAGUGUUCGGCACCCACCCGCGUAACAUGCAGACUGGUUAAGAGACAUCGCCUGGCUUCCAUGCCCCCCAUGGUGGAGGGCGAGGGACUUGCUGGUCGUAUCAUCGAGGUUGGACCGACUGGAGCUCAGUUCCUGGGUAAGCUCCAUCUUCCCACUGCUCCUCCCCCUCUGAAUGAGGGCGAGAGCCUGGUCAGUCGCAUCCUGCAGCUGGGUCCUCCAGGAACAAAGUUCCUCGGGCCUGUGAUUGUGGAGAUUCCCCAUUUUGCCGCUCUUCGGGGCACUGAGAGGGAACUUGUGAUCUUGCGGAGUGAAACCGGAGACAACUGGAAAGAACACCACUGUGACUUCACUGAGGAAGAGCUGAACCAGAUCCUUAAUGGCAUGGAUGAAAAGCUUGAUUCCCCCGAGGAGCUUGAAAAGAAGAGAAUUUGCCGAAUCAUCACCAGAGACUUCCCUCAGUAUUUCGCAGUGGUAUCGAGAAUAAAGCAGGACAGCCAUCUGAUUGGUCCAGAGGGUGGCGUGCUCAGUAGCACCCUUGUGCCCCAGGUUCAGGCUGUCUUCCCUGAAGGUGCCCUCACUAAGAAGAUCAGAGUCGGGCUACAGGCUCAGCCUAUUGAUGUGGAGCUGGUGAAAAAGAGUCUUGGCAACAAAGCCACUUUUAGCCCAAUUGUUACAUUAGAACCCAGACGGAGAAAAUUUCACAAGCCGAUCACCAUGACGAUUCCAAUCCCCGAGAGCUCCAACACCGAUGGACCAAAUGCCAUGUUCAGUGGGGAGACCCCCACUUUACGUUUGCUCUGCAGUAUAACAGGUGGAACCACACCUGCCCAGUGGGAAGACAUCACUGGCUCCACACCACUCACCUUUGUUAACCAGUGUGUUUCCUUCACCACCAAUGUUUCAGCAAGGUUCUGGCUUAUAGACUGCAGACAGACCCAGGAGUCUGUUAAUUUUGGGACACAGCUGUACAGAGAAAUCAUCUGUGUUCCCUACAUGGCUAAGUUUGUCAUCUUUGCCAAAACGCUGGACCCCAUUGAGGCACGGUUGCGGUGCUUCUGCAUGACAGAUGACAAGAUGGACAAAACCUUGGAACAGCAAGAGAACUUCACCGAAGUAGCUCGCAGCCGAGAUGUUGAGGUGCUGGAAGGAAAACCCAUAUAUGCAGACUGCUUCGGAAACCUUGUACCCCUUACCAAGAGUGGACAGCACCAUGUAUUCAGUUUCUUUGCUUUUAAAGAGAACAGACUGGCACUCUUUAUUAAAAUUCGUGAUACUGCCCAGGAGCCCUGCGGACGAUUGUCUUUCACUAAAGAACCACGCACAUACCGAAGUCUUCAUCACAAUGCCAUCUGCAACCUUAACAUCACUCUUCCAACAUACUCAAAAGAGUCUGACUCAGAUCAAGAUGGGGAAGAUGAGAGUGAGAAGAGUGAGAAGAAAUAUGAUGAAUCUGAGUCUACUGAGACAUUCUCACUGAGAACUAAUCAACCACUUGAUCCUGCAACUCUUGCAAGUCCAGACAUUCUAUCAGACAUAUCAGAUGUCAGAAUAUCUGCAGUAUUUCCAAUAGAUGUCUAUGAGGAGAGAGCUAGAGCUGUAGUGUUGGUUGAAAAAGAGUCAUUUGCUGCAGUGGAAUACUUUAAAGAUAGAUCUGAAAUGACUGGAGAGAUUCAAAAAGAGAACCUUAUUUAUAGCAGUGAGUCAGUGAAAGAAAGAACAGCCAUGGUCUCAAAAGUCAACACAGAUAUGGGAGAACAUUUUGAACCUGCUGUGAGACAUAGUUCACAAGAAGACCUUGUCCAAGGCACAUCUGGUCAUGGUACUAAAUUGCAAACAGCACUACAUAGCAAACAACGUCCCCCAAAUAUCAAAAAACCUAUAAGGAAAAAGCUUAGAGAACGAGAGCUGUCCAGGUGUAGCAGCUCUGAGGGGGAGCUGGAAAGGGUGAGCUCUGAGGAAUCUUUGGAUGGUGAAGUUAUUCUUGAAGAAAGCUUUUCAGCUAGCUCAGUUAUUCAACCCCCUGUUUCUCCUUUAAUUAUUGAGACACCUAUAGGGUCCAUAAAAGACAAGGUUAAAGCUUUACAAACCAAAGUUGAACAGGAGGACAUGCAAAAAACUAGUCAAGGUGUAGCAUGUGCAGAAAAAUCUUCCAUUGUUCCAAUGAAACAAGAUGAUGUCAUGCCAGAACUUCCACAAGUUCCCAAAUCCCCUAAAUCUCCUAGAUCUCAGACAGAAAGAUUAGAGGAGAUUAUGUCAGUGAAGGAGUUAAUGAAAGCCUUUCAGACUGGACAGGACCCAUCAAAAUGUACAUUUGGGCUUUUUGAGCAUAAGCCACCACUUUCUUCUCAUAGUGAAACAUUGAAAUACAAGCUUUCAGGUACCGAAGAGACACUUGGAACAGAGCAGAGUCCAACCUAUGAGAUUCCUGUCAUUUUCAGUCAACAUGAGGAUGUGAAUAAAAUGGACAAGAUGGACAUGAGAGAUGAACAAGUUAGCUCAAUCAGAAACACUACUGAGAAAACCCUGUUGAUAUCAGAAAGACCUUCCAAUGGUAAAACAGUAAAGUUUGCUGAUACAGUUCAAGAUGACUUUGGAAAUGAUAGCCCACUGGUAGAGUGCAGAAACAGAGAGCUGCAAGAUAAAGAGACACUGUCUGUGAAGGAUCGGAUGAAAAUAUUCCAAACAGAACAGGAUUUCCCACAAAAUACCACAGGACUUUCACAACACAUAGCCAUAGCUUUUUCUAGCACACAUUUUGUGUCUGAAUCUGAAUCCCAGGACCAUGCUCAGGGCCUCACGGUUCUUAGUCCACAAAGUGACAGCACAGAAGAUCAAACAUCAAAUUUUGUGGGAUGUAAAUCUGAGGAAGCAGCAGUUUCAGACGGUUCUCUUUUUGGAAAAACAGUUCCACGUCCUGAUUCUGUUAAAAGUGAGACAGUACAUAUCUGUUCCCCAGGUGAGGAGCAAGGUAAGCCCACUGUGUCUGUGAAAGAACUAAUGAAAACAUUCCAGGACUCUUCAGUUGAACAUGGACACAUUCAAAAUAUUAAAACCAAUGAUGUUCCAGCUCCUCAAGCACAAAAGGAUAUUCCAACCAUUACUUCAGUUCGCCAAACAGUAAACAAAGAGAAUGAGUCUAAAAAUGAAUCUCAACAAAGUUUUGAUGUGACCUAUUUUAGAAAUACUGAUGAAAAAAUGGAGAGGAUUGAUUUUAAUGAUAAAAAUAUUAGCCUUAAGGAAGAAGCAUCAGGUUUGUCAGAGAAAAGCCCAGGGAAAAUGCAGUUAGAUGGAUCCUUCUUAAGCACUUUUAGGGGUUUAUCUGAGGAAACUCAAAUCAGCCCAGAUCGCAGAACUUCUGAGGACUUCAGUGCUGACAUAAAGGCUGAACUGGAAGAAAAUUCCGAAUAUCAGCUGUUUAGGCAGACUCAAACAGUUUCAGAUGUUAAUUAUCAAGUGUUGGUCCUUGAAGGGGACGAAUCACCUGAUGACUUUGACAGUCCUUGCUAUGUGGGAGACAUCAGUUCUGACCUUCCUGGGACACCCAAGGAUGAAAACUUGACUGAAUCUUCAGAGAAGAGUGUUGAUUCCUCUUGUUCUAGCUCAGGAGAAAUACAAACUUCUGACACCCACCAAAGAAGAAAUGAAAAGACUUUUAGUCUUUCAAUAAGUGAAACCAAAGAAGAAAAGAAUAUUUUUGGGGCAGCUGAGGCAGAUAUAUUAGCUGACUAUGAAAGCAAAAUACUUUAUAGACAAAUUGACAUAGAAGAAAAAGAAACCAUUAUCAGGGAGCCAGGACUUCAAGAUAUCCAGACAGAGAAGAAAACAUCUUACCAGGCAUCAACAGCAGAAAAGGACAUGCAAGGGACGCUGUUGUUAAUGGGAAAAGAUUUUGAUCAGUGUCCACAGAUUAAGUCUUUUGAAAAACAUAAAAUUGAUCAGGAGUGUCAAGAAACAGAUGUACAUAAAGAAAUAGAUGAAGACACUUUAGCAUCACUAGCUAAUGAAAACAAAAAAAUAUUGAUGGGUGAAAGAACACAGAUUUGGACAAAUGAAAAUAUAAUUAUGGCAGCAAGUGACAAAAGAAAAAGUGAACUGGAAAAAGACCAAACAUCUGAAACAUUAAAAGAUUUCUCAACAAACUUUUCAGUCAGUGAUAGUAAAUUUUCCCCAUACAAGGACAAGAAAACAUGUCAAAUAAAAGAAGAUCAAGAUAGUGAAAGUAGUGCAUCUGAAAACAUAACAGAGGAAAUUGGCCAGUCAACGUUGAUACAAGAAUACAAAAGAGAAGGAGCAAGGUUACAACAAUCUGAAACCAAAAAGAAUGUGUCAGGUAUGUCUUCACAUCUCAGUUCUGAUGUUCAUGAAUACAUUAAAGAAGAGCCAGUGGGAAGAAAAAGCCAUCUGGAAGAUGUUCUCCAUGAGAACUUCAAAGAAGUAAAACGGUCUAGAGAUCAUUCAGAAGAACAAAUUGAGAAAAAGAAAAACUCCCAGACUGCUGUAAUUUCACCCAAAGAAGAAAGAAUUAUUUCAGUUUUGGAGACUCCAUGCCAACAAAUUCAUACUGAAAGAAAGAUAUGCCCAGAACAUUCUGUAUCUGAGAAGGAUAUGACAGGCAUGUUAUCACAUCUCAGCAGUGGCCUAGAAGAAUAUCUCAAAGAAAAGCCAGUGAUGAGACAAAGUCAUUCUGAGGACGAUCUAAUAAAUGAUCAAUGCAAAGAAAAAAAGCUGGUAAGAGAUUUUUCAAGUGACAAGCUAGGCAGAGAGGAAAACUUGGAGACUUGUGUAGUUCAAGUCAAAGAACAAAUAGUGUUUGAACAAGUUUGUGAUAAGAGAAAAGGAAGCCCAGAAAAGCCAUCAAUAGAGAAAGAUAUGUCAGGCAUGUUGUCACAUCUGAGUAGUGACCUGGAUAAAUAUGUCAAAGAAACGCCAGUGACAAGACAAAUACAUCUUGUGGAAGAUCUGGUAAGUGAGAGCUGCAAAGAAAUAAAACUUGCAAGAGGUGAUUUAGAGGACAAGACUGAGGAGAACGCAAAUGUUCAGACUGACCAGGCUGUAGUCAAUGAAGAGACAAAAACAUCUGACCCAGAGGCCAAAAAUGAACAAGUUUAUAUGGAGAGAAGAGGAAUCCCAAUAAAGCCAGCAAUAGAGAAAGAAAUGUCAGGCAUGUUGUCACAUCUGAGUAGUGAUCUGGAUGAAUAUGUCAAAGAAAUUCCAGUGACAAAACAAAUACAUAUUGUGGAAGAUCUGGUAAGUGAGAGCUGCAAAGAAAUAAAACUUGCAAGAGGUGAUUUAGAGGACAAGACUGAGGAGAACGUAAAUGUUCAGACUGACCAGGUUGUUGUCAAUGAAGAGACAAAAACAUCUGACCCAGAGGCCAAAAAUGAACAAGUUUAUAUGGAGAGAAGAGGAAUCCCAAUAAAGCCAGCAAUAGAGAAAGAAAUGUCAGGCAUGUUGUCACAUCUGAGUAGUGAUCUGGAUGAAUAUGUCAAAGAAAUUCCAGUGACAAAACAAAUACAUAUUGUGGAAGAUCUGGUAAGUGAGAGCUGCAAAGAAAUAAAACUUGCAAGAGGUGAUUUAGAGGACAAGACUGAGGAGAACGCAAAUGUUCAGACUGACCAUGUUGUAGUCAAUGAAGAGACGAAAACAUCUGACCUGGAGGCCAAAAUUGAACAGGUUUAUAUGGAGAGAAGAGGAAUCCCAAUAAAGCCAGCAAUAGAGAAAGAAAUGUCAGGCAUGUUGUCACAUCUGAGUAGUGACAUGAAUGAAUAUGUCAUCAAAAAACCAUUGACAAGUCAAAGUCAUCUUGAGGAAGAUCUGAUAAAUGAGACAUGCAAAGAAAUAAAACUUGCAAGGGAUGAUUCAGAAGACAAGAUUGAGAAAAUAGAGAACCUUGAGACUGAACCAGUUGUAAUCAAACAACAAACACAAAUGUCUGUAAUUGAGAAUGAAUUUGAACAAGUUUAUGUUGAAAGAAAAGGAAGUCCACAAAAUCCGACAAUCGUGAAAAAUAUGUCAGGCAUGUUGUCACAUCUGAGUAGUGACUUGAAUGAAUAUGUCAAACAAAUACCGGUGACUCAACAAAAUCUGCCCGAAGAAGAUCUGGUCAGUGAGAGCUGCAAAGAAAUAAAACUGAUUGAUUCAGAGGACAAGACUGAGAAAAUGAAAAAUGCUCAGAUUGACCCAGCCGUAGUCAAAGAACAAACAAAAACAUCUGUUUCUGAGGCCCAAAUUGAAAAAGUUUAUGUGGAAAAAGAAGAAAGUCCACAAAAGCCAAUAAUCAUGAAAGACAUGUCAAGCAUGUUGUCCCAUCUUAGUAGUGACAUAGAUGAAUAUGUCAAACAAAUACCAAUGACAAAACAAAGUCUACUUGAGGAAGAUCUGGUCAAUGAGAGUUGCACAGAAAUAAAACUUUCACGAGAUGAUUCAGAGGACAAGCCUGAGAAAAUGGAAAAUGCUCAGAUUGACUCAGCCAUAGUUAAAGAACAAACAAAAUCAUCUGUUUCAGAGGCCCAAUUUGAACAAGUUUAUUUUGAGAGAAAAGGAAGAUCACAAAUGGCUGUUAUUGAGAGAGAUAUGUCAGGCAUGUUGUCACAACUCAGUAGUGACCUGGAUGAACAUUUCAAACAAAUACCAGUGACAAGACAAAGUCAUCCAGAGGAAGAUCUGGUAAAUGAGAGCUGCAAAGAAACAAAACUGGCAAAGGAUGAUUCAGAAGACAAGCCUGUGGAAGAGGAAAAUGUUAAGGUUGACCAAGCUUCAAUCAAAGAACAAACAAAACCAUCUGUUUCAGAGCCCCAAUUUGAACAACUUUAUGUCGAGAAGAAAGAAAGUCCAAAAAAGCCAAUAAUCAUGAAAGACAUGUCAAGCAUGUUGUCCCAUCUUAGUAGUGACAUAGAUGAAUAUGUCAAACAAAUACCAGUGACAAGACAAAGUCUACCUGAGGAAGAUCUGGUCAGUGAGAGUUGCACAGAAAUAAAACUUGCAAGGGAUGAUUCAGAGGACAAGACUGAGAAAAUGGAAAAUGUUCAGACUGACCCAGCUGUAGUCAAUGAACAAAGAAAAACAUCUCUUUUGGAGGUCCAAUUUGAACAAGUCUUGAUGGAGAGAGAAGGCAGUCCUCAAAAACUAAUAAUCAUGAAAGAUAUGUCAAACAUGUUGUCAUAUCUCACCAGUGACCUGGAUGAAUAUGUAAAACAUGUACCAGUGUCUCAACAAAAUCUGCCUGACGAAGAUCUGGUCAAUGAGAGUUGCACAGAAAUAAAACUUUCACGAGAUGAUUCAGAGGACAAGACUGAGAAAAUGGAAAAUGCUCAGAUUGACCCAGCCGUAGCCAAAGAACAAACAAAAACAUCUGUUUCGGAGGCCCAGUUUGAACAAGUUUAUAUGGAGAGAAAAGAAAGAUCACAAAAGCCAGUAAUUGAGAAAGAUAUGUCAGGCAUAUUGUCACAUCUCAUUUGUGACCUGGAUGAAUAUUUCAAACAAAUACCAGUGACAAGACAAAGUCAUCCAGAGGAAGAUCUGGUAAAUGAGAACUGCAAAGAAACAAAACUGGUAAAAGAUGAUUCAGAAGACAAGCCUGUGGAAGAGGAAAAUGUUCAGGCUGACCCAGCUGUAGUGCAAGAACUAACACAAUCAUCUGUUUCAGAGGCCCAAUUUGAACAAGUUUAUAUGGAGAGAAAAGGAAGAUCACAAAAGCCAGUAAUUGAGAAAGAUAUGUCAGGCAUGUUGUCACAUCUCAGUUGUGACCUGGAUGAACAUUUCAAACAAAUACCAGUGACAAGUCAAAGUCAUCCAGAGGAAGAUCUGGUAAAUGAGAACUGCAAAGAAACAAAACUGGCAAAACAUGAUUCAGAAGACAAGCCUGUGGAAGAGGAAAAUGUUCAGGCUGACCCAGCUGUAGUGCAAGAACAAACAAAAACAUCUCUUUCAGAGGCCAAAUUUGAACAAGUUUAUAUGGAGAGAAAAGGAAGAUCACAAAAGCCAGUAAUUGAGAACGAUAUGUCAGGCAUGUUGUCACAUCUCAGUUGUGACCUGGAUGAAUAUUUCAAACAUAAACCAAUGACAAGUCAAAGUCAUCUUGAGGAAGAUCUGGUAAGCGAAAGCUGUACAGAAGUAAAACUUGCGAGUGAUGAUUCACAAGACAAGGUUGCGGCUGACAAAAACUUGCAGACUCAUGUAGUUGGUGUCAAGGAACACACACAAGCCUCAGUUUUGGAAACUCAUUUUGACCAGGUUGAUGUUGUGAGAAAAGGAACCCCACAAAAGCCAAUGACUGAAAAAGAUAUGUCAACAGUGUUGUCACAUCUGAGAACUGACAUAGAUGAAUAUGUCUCAAAAAGUCCAGUGAUAACAAAAGGUAUUUCUGAUGAGGACCUGGUCAGUGAGAGGUGCAAAGAAAUUAAAUUGGCAAGGGAUAAUUUAGAAGAACAGAUUGGGGAAGGGGAAAACAUUCAGCUGGCUGCAUUUGGAGUCAAACAAAAACAACAAUCAUCAGAUUUAGAGAAUGAGUUUGAACAUGUUUACUUUGAGAGAAAAAGAAGCCCACAAAAGCAAGUGACUGAGAAAGAUAUGACAAGCAUCUUGUCCCUUCUCAGUAGUGACCUGGAUGAAAAUGACAAACAAAUGCCAUUGACAAGACAAAGUUAUUCUGAGGAAGAUCUGGUCAGUGAGAGCUGCGAAGAAGUAAAACUGCCCAGGGAUAAUUUAGAAGAUAAUUUAAGUUUAGCUGCUUCAUCACAUCUCAAUAUACAAGGGUCUUUUCAGGUUUCAAGUACUCAUAGCACACUAAAACGACCAUCUGAUUUAGACAGCCUUCAGACUCAGGGGUUUGAUGACUCAGAUCAGGAACCAUGCCAUCAGGAUUCAUUAGAGGCCAGUCCUCUUAUGGAAGACAGAUCAUCAAAGAAGUCUCCUGAUUCCAUUGAGCCAAGCCCCACUAAAGAAUCUCCAUGUCAAGACUCUCUUGAAGGAAGUCCUACUCAACCAAAGGAACAACAAUUUCAAAUGCCAGUACAGACAGCUGUGUAUGAAGAUUAUGCUUCCCAGCUCAAAGCAUGUUUUCCUUCUGAUAAAGCCAUUCAUACAGAUGAAUCUGGCAACACUACACAAGAAAACACAACUGCAAUCCCACAAGUGGAUAAUAAAGUGAUGGAUGAUCAUUCUCCUAAGUCUACACAUGAAGUAACUGGUAUGUGGUCAAACGAGAGUGUUCACACACUCAUUAGGCAAUACUCUCUUGGUAGUAAUGACAGUGAGAAUGACACCACCAAUAAACAAUACACUCCAGAAGAGGAGAUGUUUAAAAUAGCUGUAAAGAUCAAAACAUUUGAUGAAAUGGAACAUGAAUCAAAAAUGAAGAAAGACAAAUUGGUUGAUGCCCCUUCUCUAUCUGAUGAAAGUGCAGUGGAUCUCAAAUUUGACCCAGCUGCAAAGCCUUCCUUAACAGAUGUGCUACACCAAAUCUCUGAAAAACAAGUAGCAGAACACUCUAAUCAGUCAGUUGAAGAUUCACUGUGUAUAAUUACAAGUCAGAAAGAGGAACCUGAGAGAAGUGUCUCUGUGCCCCAAGUAGCAGAAAUACAUAAAGACAUGACAGAAGGUGCGAGUUCUCAAGUAGCAAAAGAACAUUUUCCCUGCACUGUGAGAAAUGAACAUACCUUACCCAGUGGCUUUGCAAAUGAGUCAGUAUUGACACAUGAUUCGGAGUAUUACAAUAACCCCCAGGACUAUGGAACUAUUGAAGUAGAAGAUGUCACAUUAUGUUGCAGUUAUGAUAAUGUGACCUUAAAGGAACAUACUGAGGGUGAGCAACAAGUGCCUCUUGAUGCUUUGGAGGACACAAAAACACCUGAAAAAAUAAUUGUGCAGACACCAGGUGGGGAGAAAAGCCCCAGUCCAUUUCAGUUUCAGGAAGGAAAGCUAUUUGAAAUGACUCGGGGUGGAGCUAUUGAUAUGACAAGAAGAACUUUUGAUGAGGAAGAGGAAUCAUAUUCAUUCUUUCAUGUCGGGGAACAUCCUGUUGAGGAGGCUGUUUUGGAAACAACUGUUUCAGACACAACCCUUCAAGGGACCCCAAAAUCACAGGUAACUCCAUAUAUCUGUGCUGUAAAUUCCAGUCCUGAAUCCAAAAGUACCACAAAACCUUCUCUUGAAAAGUCAAAACUUGAGAAAUCGCUUCAAAAUGUUGAUCUGUGCAGCCGUACGGACACCAAGCUUGGUUCUCCAAAUGCUUCUAAUACUUUUACAGAUAUUUCAACAGAGGCUGAAAGUCUCAAAAACCUUGGGCUGGGCUAUCUGGACAGCACAAUAGCUGACCUUCAGCUAGACACAUCUGCUGAAUCUGAAAAGAAUUCUUUAGAUUCCUCAUCAUCUGAUGAUGAUGAGCUUGAUGAAGAUGAAGACCAAUGCUCAGUCAUAGAAAUGAGAUAUCAUCAACGCUCACCCCCACUCCCGGAUUUCAAAGAAACCCCCAACGAUAGAGAGGAAAUAUCAGUGAGAGAACCACAGCUUUCAGAGCUUGUUCAAGUUCGAGAAGCAGGAGAAAUCCUAACUUUUAGUCGUAGAACUAGAUCUGAGGAUAACACAACUAACGCCUUUAGUAAAGAAGGUAGGAGUUAUUCUGAGAGUAGUCAACCCUCUAAUAUAUUAAGUAUUCUUUCUUCCAAACCUACUACCGUUAUCCAGGAGAAAGCUUUGGGUGAUUGGAUUUCUGCAAGUUCUCCUCCAAUAAAUGAAACAUCUGUGAGGUCUUCUUUAGAGACCGAUGAAAUGAGCAGCACUAGUCACAUGAGUUCAGAUUCUGUUAUAUUUACAUAUGACAUCCCAGCCUCCCAAAGUUCAGAUUCUGAUGGCAGUCAGUUGCCAGUUGUACAUCCAUCCUGCGGAACAGAGGAUGUGUUUGAGUCCAGGCCUGCCUGGGAUGACACAGUGGAAACUCAGAUGCAGAGAAUCGGUGAUGAUCAGACUCCAGAAUUUACAUCAGCUGACUGGCAGGACGACACUGACCGGAAAGAAGAAACAUUAGCAAUCAUUGCAGAUCUUCUUGGCUUCAGCUGGACUGAGCUGGCAAGGGAACUGGAAUUCAAUGAGGAUGAUGUUCAGCAAGUAAGAACAGAGAAUCCUAAUUCCCUGCAAGAGCAGAGCCAUGCCUUGUUGCAACGAUGGGUUGAACGGGAAGGCAAACACGCUACGGAGGGUAGCCUGAUCAAAAGGCUAACGAAGAUCAAUCGCAUGGACAUAGUCCAUCUUAUUGAAACCCAGAUGAACAAGUCAGUUCAAGAGCAAACAUCAAGGACAUAUGCAGAGAUAGAAAAGACUCUUGACCACAGUGAAGUCUCAGUAGCUCUAUCUUCAGUGCAAGAGGAUACAGACAGCCCAAGAAUUGUGAGGAGGGUAGAGUCAGACCGCAGACCACCCCCAGCUGUGUCUGAAGAAGACCUCUCAGUUGCCUCCUUAUUGGAUAUUCCUUCAUGGGCAGAACCUGCAGGACAAACUCACUCAGAAAGCAUGCACGGGGACUUAUUGGAGGAUCCCGAAAUCCCACAUGAACUGAACCCUAAUCUGUGGACCUCAGAGGAUGUGAUUACACAAGAAUCCACUAGUCACUCAGAUGAGCAAGUAUCAUCUUCAACUUUCAAGACAAAUAUUUCUCAAGCCCCAAAACACAACAAUGUUGAUAUGGGACAAAUUCAGGGCAUGCAAACAGAGACACUUUUGUUGACACAUGAUUCAAACACAGGAGUAAUAACAUCCCACAAUGAACCUGUGUUGGACGUAGUGAACACUGAAUAUGACAUUACAUCGACCAGCCAAAGUAGCUUUCCACAGGGAAAAUAUAAUGAGUCAGACUCUGAGACUCUAGAAUCACAAGAAAAUUGUGAUUCUGUACUUACCAUCAAGUCCUUAAAAUCUAGCCCAACAUCACAGAAAAGUGGAUCUCCUCAGCUUGAUCAGAUGUUUUCUGAUUUGAAGGAAAUGAAACUCAAGUUAUCACCAGAAAAACUUGAUUCACAUGCAUCAGAGUCCUCUGAUAGCAGCCCCGAGGAGAAAGAAGCUUACAUAUAUACAGAACUUUCACCUGAAGAGGAAUACCCUACUGAAAAAAUAGAUAAAGUCAGUGUGUUUCCUGUUCCACAGCUUACAGAAGGUAUUGCAAAUGUAGGACAAUGUCUUGAUACAAAACAUGCGUCAGAGUCUGACUCUGACAUUCAUCAAGAAUCGAAUUCAUCACCAACUGAAGCUCCGUCAAUCCCUGAAGUUCAUCAAAGAUUUGGUGAGGAAAUUCAACAGCAAAGCUUUGGACACUUUCAGUCCUGCCAAAGUAUUCAGAGUCUUACUGAAACAUUUUCUUCAUCGAGAGACACACUUGAGAAAAAUCUGAAUGACUUCAACAGGAAAAACCUUAUGACAAACACCUAUUCAAAUUGCGAAGGACAGUUCCUACCUACACAAUCUUUAGAGUCAACGGGCACAACAGAAGAAACCUCUGCUGAGACUAACCAAGAUCAAUGUUUAAGGGAGGGAACCUCGACUAAAACCAUAUCUACCCAGCCUGUGUCUGAUUUUACUCCUGACAUAGCUACAUCUUCGAGACAUUUCAGCUUUGAUGAGCUGAUACCUUACCCCUCUUCCAGGAGUGUAGAAAAACUUUCUGAUGAGAAUGGGUAUGAAUAUUUUGCCCCUGAAUCUCCUAUAUUCAAACUCAAAACUGAAACCUCCUCAUCAGGUUCUGAUGAGGAGUACACCAACCCACUAGAAGCUGCAGAGAUCUCCUCUGCUUCAGGGACCUAUGCCAGGACCCCUCUCAGAAUUGCUGAUGGAGCACAGUGCAGAAAGGACAGUCCAAACCUGGAAUACUCUGACAUGGAGUCCUUUUUUGACUGCAAACAAGUAGUGUCGGAUUUGUCAGAGAAUGAACUUGAUGCACCUGAGACAACUGGUAGUGCAGGUCCAGCUCAGCAUCAACUCGACACAGGGACACAGGAAAAGGCAAAGCAAAAAAUGCUCCCGUCUUCUGGAAGUGAAGAUUAUGAAGAUGCUCUUUUGGUUCAUGAGUCGUACAAUCAGGAACUUGAAGAGAGCAGAGAAUCACUACAUCACUCAGAGACAUCAGAUGAAGAAUUCACUCUAUGCAAAACUUCUCUACCUUCUGGAACUUACUAUACUGAUAAGUCUCCGCAAAGGGAGGUCUCUGCAGAAUUUGGUUCAAUAUCAGAAAGUUCAGAUGAGGAGUUUCUGACCACCAGAAUAAUACGAAGGAGAAUUUUAAUCAAGGUUGAUGAAGUAGCUCACCUCCCUACUCAGUCCGUGACUGAAGAAAAGUACCGAGAUGAAAAUGGGCAUUUAGUUGUCAAAAGGGUUACACGAAAAGUAAUCCGCAAGUGUGCUUCUGUGGAUGGUGAAGAGAUACCGUCAGAAGGAGCUUCUCAGGACUCUUUGACUGUAGCAGACGAAGAUGGUUAUUCCAGGAUGGGAAAGCGGACCGUACUAAAAAGUGUUGGAGACCACACAGAGGUCACAUUUUUAAAAAGUGAAGGCUUCCUGUCAUCCAGGCAAGAAAAAGUUGAUUCAGGAAAGAAAACUGUAGUUGAGGGGGAAAGGAGAGCAACUUCCCAGGGAGGUCCGUCUUUGGCCUCAAAGCUCCCAUCAGCCCAGAAUUAUUCCAAACAGGGCCCACAUGUGUAAAGGUUCAACCCACAAACAGUGGUGGAAGGAUCCGGGCAGCACGAAGACGUCUUCAUUUCACAAUUGGAGGACCCAGGAAAAGAUCAGUUGCCUGUGAUCAAUAGUAGCAACUCCACCAGGUUUUUCACUGCUGCCAUGAAAAUGAGGACAACAAUAAAGACAAAACAGAGGUGGAAGAGCAACUGAAUGACUAUCUCUCUCCCCAGAUCCCCAGCUCUGUCCACGCUAAAGUCCCUGCUAAUCCUAUGCAUUAGCCACAUGCAAUCCCAGUGUGCACCUCAGAGACACCACAGUCUUCCCAUUUCAGUUCUGGAAGAUUAAUUUUUGUUUUCCAAUUUUUUUAAUUUUGUUUUUUGACGUUAUCAAACCAUAAUUUUUAAAAUGAUUUUCUGAAGUUGCUUUGCCUUUUUAUGACCAAAGAAAGCCUUCUGUUUCCUUAUUGAAUUAUUCUUAAUGUCCAGGUUGUUGUAGUUUUGCUUUGAAUACGUGGAAGAGCAACAAGAAAACAGAUGAUAAAAACAGGGGAACACAGUCCAAGGUAAAGGACAACUUACCUUAAAAUAAAUUCAGCUACUGAUGUCUUCAUUGAGGGUUCAGAAUUAAACAAAAAACAUAUAAUUUACAUCACUCUGGCUGUAACAUGCUUCUUUCACCAACAAUUUGAGUCCUUUUCAUUUUUUUUCCCCUUGACUCAGGUGGUCAGGAUGUCACAAACAGAAAAACGGACUGUGCUGACACAAAAUGUAACUGCUGCUGUCGUGUUUCGUGUAGACUAUGUGUACUCUUGUCUUUAGUAGCCAGAAACAUAUAUUAUCUAUUAUAUGAAAAUAGCUGACAUCUGUAGCUUAGGAAUUAAUAAUCACUCACGUGAAGUAAAACUGGCAUGGCUAAUCAACACGUGUCAGUGAGAUCCCGGCUUUGACUGCUUUGCCGCUCUGUGGACUGUCUUUCAGACUUCUUUUUCUUUCCUCAGUGUCUUUUUAUGUGUAAUUACAUUUGUUCCUUGGCUUUCUGAUAUUGACUCAUGAGCUAUGGAUGAUGAAUGUGUGCUGAUCUAGCUGCAGCAGUGGUGACUGGUUUCACUAGAGUUUUGCAAGCAUCACCACUUCAAAAGCUAUUUAAAUUUCAGGUAUCCAUCAGGAAAAGAAAAACAUUUACAUGUCUGUGGAGCAUAACCAGGUAUUUGCUGAACCAUUUAAUGUAAAAGCUUUAUUAGCUCUCUUUUUUUCAUUGAGAAAAUAUUUAAUUGAGUGGAUGAGUGUGUGCUUGUUUAUUUUACAUAAAUCGCUUUUGCACUCCUGAAUGUCAGGUGGGAACCCCUCCACGCUUUUUGUGCACCGGCCAUAAGGGAACAGUAAAUGAGCAGUUUCAUUGCGGGGUGUGGAGGAUGAUGAAAUGACACAAGAUGGCUGUACGAUGUCACUGUGCUUACCUGGGACAUGUAUAUCACUCUCACUGUUUACGUUAUGAUUUCAAGAAAACAUGCAAAAUAGUGGAAGUUCACUGUGACAGGUUUGCUUUUAGUUUACUGAAACAGCAUUGUUUUUUUUUUUUUGAUGACAGUUAUGUGCAUAUACAGCUCAUAAUUAAUAAUUAUCUACAAGGGCAUGAAUUAUUGUAUUAAAUUUCAAACAGACUAAAAGUAAAUGGCUGCAGUGUAUCUAUGACUGGUAGAAAAUAAAAACCUGCAAACAUACGGUGUUGGAACUCGA